AUUUUCCUUAAUUGUUCUGAUAAAUUUGUGCAGUUUUUUUUCCUUCAGAAAAUGUUAUUGUUUCAUGUGAUACAAAACGGACCAGUCUGUCUUAAGUAAAGUAAAGUAACUUUUAAAUGUUGACAAAAUGUAUUUGAGGUGAAGUUAAACACGCGUCAAAGAAAUGUCUGCUCUGAUGUGAGAAAUGGAGAUCAACUUGGGUUUCAACAAAACUGGGCCCGAGACGGCCGACCUCAGACAUGACAUGUGCAUCUGUUUACUUUCGCCUAACGCUAAAUUCUCUACCAAAGCAAUAUCAACUACGUUUCUACUUCUUCAUAAAUCAUACAUACCCGAAUAUUUACGUAAAUCGUAUAAAUACAUUACUAAACCGUGUGUGGUAUUUAUUUAUUUAAUUUAAAAAAAAAAAUUAGAUUCGAAAAGACUAAGACCGUGUAUAUUUAGAUUAACAUAAGAAAACUACCAAUAUGGAUUAUAUAUUAUCCUAACUUUGAUUUUUUCUUUGUUAAGCUUCGACCUAUAAUUUAUCUUCCGAAAUAAUAUACACUUACAUUUUCUUUUCUGUAUUUUAUUUUUUUAAUAAAAUCUCCUACUAUGAGAUAUGUAUUCGACUUGAAACCAAAAUACAACCAAUCUCCUUUUCAUUUUUCUUGCCGUUUUAGAGAAAAUUAACAAAGGAAAGGUAAAAUCAAAAUUUUCCAAAUUAGCAAUGAAGUAAAAGUCAUGGAAUCAAUGAACGGAGUUGUUAGCUCAAAAAUUCCAGUUGUAGAUUGCAAUAGCUAUGGACUUAUUUGCUGAAAUAAUUGAGCACCACCAUACAGCUGUGCUUUUACUUUUAUUGCCUAAUAAAUGUAACACAACACCUUUUUUAAUGUAAAAAGAAAUGUAACACAACACAAAGUCAUAAACUAUCCAAUACAGUUUCAUGGAAGCUCCCUCAGUAUGUAUAACGCAAUAUUUUACUAUUUUUAGGUUUAGUUUUUUAUGAACUUCCUAUUUGUCAUUAUCACUUCUGACUAAUCUGGUAUGAGAAAACUCGCGAAAUGUAGUGGUAGCUAUAGCUAACGCACCGGCUUAUUUUCCUAUUUUUAUUUAUUGACUAAUAUUUUCCUUAUGUUCUACUCCUUUCCUUUCACAUAAUAUUUUUAUUUAGAGAUAAAUACUAGUAUAAUUUUAGUGUAACUUUUGGAAGUAUAUCGUUUUCUUACAAUAAAAAUUAAUGACAUAAAAUAAUAAAAUUUUAGAGUAAAACUCUUUUGAGUAAACGAAAAUAUGUAAUUGAUUUAUCAACUGGUAUGAAAAAUAUAAAUAGUACUUAAUUUAGAUAGUUAGUUUAGACUUUAGAUACUUUAGGAUGUAGUUGCUUUUACAUAUAAUCAUGUAAAUACAAGCAGAGUCGCAUCCUAAUCAAGUGGAUUGAAUAAUAUUGGAGGACAUUAAGCUACUCUCAUAUAGAAAUCUAUACAGUUAGUAUGAUAUAUAUUCGAAACAAAAUGUCUUUUUAUCUAUUUAAUUCAAACCAUUAUAUCAUAUGUUUUAUAAACCAGAAGCUAGCUACGUCUUUGGCGAUCCUGGAAAUCUCGGCAUCCGAGGCAACGAGGAAAACCUCAUAUUUUCGGGGUCAUCGCCAAUGGUCGAGAACAGCAACUAAGUCUUAUGGAUUCUUAGAACAGAAUAGUAGAACGUACCGGGUUGAGUGGGUGGGCGAAACUAGGAUGUAAUAGGUUGAUUUGGAAAUUUUGUUCAAAUUGUGCUUGUAACUGGAACUGAAUCUCGUUAUCGGGUUGAAUAAAAAUUUACUUAAAAAAAAAAUGUUUUACGAACCAUUGUUAAUUAUGUCAUCGCAAUGGUUGACGUGUCGAAUAUUCAUGUAUAAUUUGUCGUAUUAUAUUAUGUCUCCUUUUUAAUACAAACAUGCAUGUUCUUCGAAAUUUUUCUGAGUCAAUAAUAUACAAAUGAUUAUGUAUAAUCCCUAGGGUGUAUAAUUGACCAAUCCAGUACUAUUCCAUAGUGUAAAAAUUUUCUACCUUAUAUAUGUAAAUGUCAGUUAUCGACAAUUUUAUAAACAUAUCAUUAUACAUACUGAUCUAACUUAAUUCAAGUAUUUUACAUGUAUAACUUUGGUUUAGUAACACUUGAGAAAUAACCCUAAUACAGUGAACUCGCAAUUCGAUCUCCGUUGACUAUUAGAUAAUUUAACAUUGCAUUUAUGGAACUCAUAGAAUAGUCGGUUUACCUAAUUCAAAAAAAAGUUCUCAAUGAAGAUACACAAUAAAAAAAUCUAUUAAUUAAUGAUGAAUAAGGGUAUCUCCAACCCAACUCCAAUUUUUACUCUAAAAUGGAGUAAAAGUGGAUAUGAAGUAAGAAAUAUUCUAACCCAACUCCAUAAUAGAGUCUACUCCAUUUAUGAAGUAAUCUAUUUUUGUUUGUUUAUUACUCCAUUAUGGAGUGAGAAAUGAAAUGGGUUGGAGCAUUUUAACUCCAUAUCCACUUUUACUCCAUUUUGGAAGAAAAAAUAGAGUUUAACAUUGGAGAUGCUUUAAGACAACCAAGUAGUGAUAACUUAUUGGUAAUAUUUUGAGGCUUGGUGUGUUUUUAUAUCAGUUAUGAGUUCGAGUCUUCCUAGAAACUAAAUUAUUAAUGUUUGGCUGGUUUGGGUUUGAACUUUGACCUAAGUGAUUAACAUGGUGGACUGUAACAAACGAUCAGUUCACUCCUGGUAUUAAUCGGAAGGCAUUCGAGCCUUUAUGAGAACUAAAUUGUUAUUGCUUGACUAGUUUGUGUUUGAGUUUCGUUCCAAAUGGUUAACAUGGUGGGCUGUAAUAGACAAUCGGUCCACCCAUUAAUUGAAAAGCAUUCCAAAUUUGAGUUAUGGUAAUCAGUCCACUAUUUAUCAAUAAGUUCAUUAGACUGAAAUAAUCAACCAAUAGUAUUAUAAAAAAAAAAACGUUGAGUAAGACUUACUGAAAUCGAAUAGUGAUAUAUUAAAAAAGAUAUUAGACUCGAUUUAGUGAGUGUAUUUUUUCUUUCACAAAAGACUCCAGGAGAAAGAGUGAAAGACCAAUUAAACCUAGAAACGUAAGAAAUUCAAGGGAUGAUGAAAAUAGGGGUUGUAGACUUGUAGUGGUCGAAAAGGUCACUUACAACUAUUUUAGGAAGUUUUAAAAAGAUCUCAAUAUCUUCGUUUUCGCUAUAUGUCUAAUAUAUUUGUUAAAAAUGUGAAACUUUUUUUUGUCAUAUGUGAAACUUUUAACUAUAAGAUCUGUCCAACAAUUACAAACUUUGUUAUCUUUUAUAUAUUACACCAAAUUUAGUAAAACAAAAACAAAAUGGAAAGAUUGUCAUUUAAAUCACCGGCUUUCAAAUUUGGUUGAAAAAAAACAUAAACUUUCUCGUGGACCAUUUAAAGCAUCAAUUUAUAUUAACUAGUCGUUUUAACCUUUAACAUAUUUUGACUAGGCCAUUUUUAAGACGAUGUUAAAAUGGUUAACAGAUUGAGUUAACAAAGUUAAUCUCCGUUUCUACUCUCUGUUAAAUUCCUACAACAUCGUUUUGGAAUUUUUAAAAAGAAAUUGAUGCUCAAGGGAAUCGAACAUGAGACCAAGCUUCCCUUGUUACAAACCUAAAGCACAAGACCACUUACGAUUUCAUUGACAUGUAUAAAUAUUAAUAGUUAAUAUUAUUAUACCUCCGAAUCAUCUUAUUCUAACCUAAUUCAUUUAUGAGUCUAAUAAACCCCAAAUUGUUUCUUCUUAAAACUUAGCAGAAUUGAAUUAGAGAUUUAGGAUGGGAGAAGAUGAUUAGGUUCAAAUUCACAAUUUGUAGUUUUCAAUUCCUACGAAGUUAUAACCUUUAGAAGCUGAAUUUGUCACAAGCAAACAAAUUUUGGUUUGGUUUCCGAAUUUGAAACCAACCCAUCGCCGCCAGAUUCAUCAUAUUUCCGUUUCUUAAAACCUAACAGAAACGAAUUAGGAAUUUAGGUUGGGAGAAGAAGAUUUGGAGUUUUAAUAAUAUUAAUUAUUAGUAUUUAUACAUGUCAACGAAAUCGUAAGUGGUCUAGUGGUUAUGCUUUGUAAUAAAAGAAGUUUUGAUCAUAGGUUCAAUUCUCUUGAACUCUAAAUUUUUAAUUCAAAAACAACGUUGUAUGAAUUUAACAGAGAUUAGAGACGGAAAUUAACCAUGUUAACUUAAUCUGUUAACCAUUUUAACGGUGUUUUAAAAAUGGUCUAAUCAAAAUAUGUUAGAGGUUAAAACAGCUAGUGAAGAUAAGUUGAUGAUUUAAAUGAUUCACGAGAAAGUUCAUGAUGUUUUUAACCAAAUUUGAAAAUAGGUUAUUUAAAUGGUAAUUUUCCCAAAACAAAAUGUGCAUUAACAUGAUUGAGGACGUAUGGCUAGCGACAAUUGUCAGAGUAAGUCACAUAACAAGUGUCAUCUAACUAGACUCCAGACCUCCACUGAGCUUUUUCCCAAAACUUAUCUUCACUUUCUCGCGGUUUCUUUUGCACGAAAAUGUGUUUACCAUUUAAAUUUAAUAGAACCAUUCGUUCAUCAAGAAAGGUAAAGAAAAACAUGAACACAAACGAUCGUGGCCUUACCCUCUUGAGAUUAGUCUUCAUAUUUUCUCUUCUUUACUUCCCUUACUUAGCCAUAUCUGAAACGCCGUGCCCGUACCCGUGUUAUCCGCCGCCCAUUGGCGGUGGCUCCUCCACGACUCAACCACCACCAUAUCCUCCUCCAGCCUUUAACUACCCUUAUCCAGCUGGAAAUUUACCAAAUUACCCUUCGCCACCAUACAUCGGUGGAGGCGGUAGUGGCAGCUUCCAUGGUCCUCCACCGCCGGAUGCUAUCUUGCCUUACUUCCCCUACUACUUUAGAAAACCUCCUCACCAGACGGAACAAACAUCCUCGUCUCCACUUGUGGCGGUUUCAGGGAAAUUGACGGUGAGGAUCAUAGCCAUGGGAAAUCUUGUGGUAGUUGGACUUCUCUGUAAUAUUUGGUAAUCAAGUUAGUUACUAAGUAACUAUUGCUAAAACCUUAUAUGUUUAUAAAAAUAUAUUGUAAUAUACUUCAGAGGUCUAAAGCAGAAAAAGAAGUUGGCUUAAGAGGCUGUGCAGACUA